AUAUUUUGGAGGGAAUCCACCCUUGUAUACGUCAUUUGCCUAAUGACGCACGAGUGGAAUAGUGCCGUCUCAUUUCAAACGAGCGCAAUUCCAUCCACAUUCUCUCCAUUUGACCCUUUUCAAAAGGAGGCGAGAGAGUGAGGACGGAGGAGAGAGGUCGCAGGAGGUUCCAAUGCGCCCUCCUGUGACUUGCAGGGAAAGUUUAAAGUCCCCCGGUGAACACACAGGAGGUUGACACCUGGGACAAGUAUCGGAGAGUGAUGUCUAGCUGGUUGAAGGACGGGGAGGUGUUGAUAGGUGAGGGAAGCGGAACUGCAUCCCCAUGCAGCCGCAGACAGCGGAUCUUGUCAACGCCAGGUGGAUGUGGCAGUCUCAGGCCGGGUGGCAGGGGGGUAGGGGUGCGCGGCCAUGGGGGGUCACCUAGCUUCAAGGAAGGGAUGGUGCAGCCAGAGACCAUGGGGAAGGCCAAAGAGCUGUUUGUUCUCUGUGAUAAAGAAGGAAAAGGCUUCAUCACCAAGAGAGAUAUGCAGAGACUGCAGGGGGAGUUACCUCUCUCCCCAGAACAGCUGGAGUCUGUUUUUGAGAGUCUGGACAGAGACAGAAACGGAUUCCUAACUCCUGUGGAGUUUAACAUGGGCCUUGCAGGGGAGUUGAUGGGGGUGGAGGAGAGCACAGAGAAAAGGCAGACAGAGAGGGAGGAAAACGAAGACCUAGGAGAACUCCGAUUUAUUCAGAUACUGACGGAGCUGGGAGCUGACAAACUCUUCAAAGAUCAGUGUGAGCUGGGUACCCUGUGGUGUGCUCUCCAGAGAGACAGACCAGAGCUACUCUCUGUCCUGGAGGAUGUCCUAGUCCACGCUGUGUCUCAUCUACAAGACUCACUGAGGGAGAGAGACAGUUUGGAACUGGCUCUACGCAGACGGGAGAGUGACCACGACAGGGUGGUUCGGUCCAUGUAUGAGGAGAUGGAGAGUCAGAACAGAGAGGAGAGAGAGAAACGACUCGCUCAGGACAGUAUCAGACAGUGGGACAGAAGACAGAAGAUUGCUGAGGAGCUGAAGACGAGGGAGCAGGAACUGGAGACCACCCUGGCCAAGCAGAGAGAGCUGGAGGCUCGUAUCCAGGCGCUGGGCUAUGAGCAGGCAGACAUCAGGGUGCAGAAUCAGAAGCUCCACAGUCUGAACAUACAGCUCCAGGAGCAGCUAGAGACCAGCCGGGAGGAGCUACAGAAAGCCCUGAAACAGUUACAGGUCCUUCAGUCAAACACUGCCCAGGAGGAGAGGAGCAGAGAGAGGACUGUGCUCAAGGUCUCCAAGAACAUGCAGAAAGAAAAAGACAGUCUGCAGAGGCAGUUGGAGUUACUGAGGGAUAUGAACAAACGUCUGAGAGAUGAGAAAGACACACAUCAGUCCCAGAAGAGGCCUCCUAAUGUCAGGAAGCCUCUGCGGAAGAAAGGCUCAGUGAUAGGGAACUACAUACUGCAAGACAAGCCAAUCGAAAGACAGCUGAGCUCUUUCAGCCAAUCAGAGCUGGAGCUGGCUUCAGAUGGGAUACCAUUUAACUCGUCCAAGAGAAGACGGGCAUUCAGAGAACACAGCUGUGACGGUAAUGGACGGACUGAAGCAAUACAGGCCAGACUGACCAGCACCCACCCCCAGAGGGUAUUCAAGGUGGUGUUUUUGGGGAACUCGGGAGUGGGCAAAAGCUCCUUCAUCCACCACUACUGCAAUGGACACUUCCCCAACACACUGGGUGCUACUGUGGGUGUCGAUUUCCAGAUGCGUGCUGUGACACUGGGCUCCACCACCAUCGCUCUUCAGCUCUGGGAUACUGCAGGACAGGAGAGGUUCCGCAGCAUCACCCAGCAGUACUAUCGCAAGGCUGAUGGAAUCCUCACCAUGUAUGACAUCACUGACUCCGCCUCCUUCUCCGCGGUCAGAGGGUGGAUGGACCUUGUGCAGGAAAGGAUGUCUGAGGGGGCGGUCCUGAUGCUGCUGGGAAACAAAAUGGACUUAUCAGAAGAUCAGAAGAGGGAGGUUACCACCAGAGAGGGACAGCGAUUGGCUGAGCAGGACAAUGCAGUGUUCUAUGAGUGUAGUGCAAGGAGUGGAUACAACAUAGAAGAACUGAUGACCCAGCUGGCAUGGUUGUUAUCGGCCCAGCAGGAUCAGCAAUGUGAGGAGACUCUCCAUCUGUCAGCUGACCACUCCAACAGAGACAACAGGAAGAGCUGCUGCAAGUAGGACAGGAACAUAGAGCUAGACAGAGGGCUUAUCUUCGUAUCUGUGCCAUAAUGGCUGUUGUGACAUCAUGGGCAGCGCCAUUGUGGACUUUCUCCAUUUUUAAAGUGGGACAUUUCAUUUUCUUCUUAUUUUGUGUUUUAUAAAAAGCAUUUUUAUCUACACUGAACAAAAAUAUAAACUCAACAUGUAAAGUGUUGGUCUCAUGUUUCAUGUUUUCUGAAAUUAAAGAUCCCAGAAACGUUC